AAUUAUUUAUUACUUGUUUCUAUUUUUAACAAACAAUAAAAAAUAAAUUGCUUAAUUGUCAAUGUUAAAAUUGUACAAUUUCGUACGUCCGAUGUAUUUUAGUGUUUUACUUGUCUGUGGUGAAAAACGUUAACUGCGUACGUCGAAUUUUAGAGAGGUUCCCGGAAGUUAUUUAUACCAAUCAUCAGGGGCAUCCACACAAUUGGAAUUGAAUCAGGUGGUAGACGAAAUCUACAUCAAUCCAAUAUGGAGAAACGUUACUUGGAGAAUCCUUAUCCAGAUUAUGUGAAUAAACAGACGACGCCUAUCAAUUUGGACGAGGAGCAUGUUAAGAAUUUAAUAUGUACCUAUGUGGAUGCCGUACUGGAACAUUGUCGUCCCGGCUGUGAUGAUGAGGAUAACCGUGGCGAUUUGUAUGUGGGCAAUGCCGGCAUUGCCUAUAUGUUUUGGAAAAUGUCGCGGUCCAAUCAAUGUCAUGACUUGUAUCCAGCAUCGCUGGAACAUGCCCAUGCCUUUAUACGUAAUGCCAAGGCCAAUGCAGAUCGUUAUAAGAAACGCAGAGAGGAGCGUUACUCGUUUUUGUGCGGCAAUGCUGGGAUCUAUGCUGUCUCCGCUGUGAUUUCUCAGGAUCUUAAAUUGGUGCAGGAUUUAUCGGAUGAUUUGACAAAUUUCAAGGCCGGCAUUGCACCCAGCAAGGAACAUUUGCACACCAAGUAUGGCUGUGAUGAGGUGUUGGUGGGAAGAGCUGGUUAUUUGUCCGGCUGCUAUUGGUUAAACGAUGUAUUGCCCGAAAAGAAAAUCACCGAUGAUGAUGUUAUAUCGAUUUGUCAAAUGGUCAUAGCCAGUGGCCGGGAAUAUGCCAAAAUGACCAAUGCACCCUUGCCGUUGAUGUACCAAUAUCAUGGUACCGAAUAUUUGGGUGCUGCUCAUGGCCUAUGCUCCAUUUUGCAUAUGUUGUUGGAUAGUCCAUGGUUCAGUAACGAUCCCAUAUCGGCACCAUCCGCUGAACUGAGAGACAUCAAAAAGUCCAUUGACUUUUAUUUAAUGCUGCAAGAUGAGGAGGGUAAUUUUCCGGUGGCCUUAGAAGACUUACGUAGUGGUCGUGAAAAAAGGUUGGUCCACUGGUGUCAUGGCGCCCCGGGUGCAGUAUAUCUGUUUGCCAAAGCUUAUUUGAUUUUCAAAGAAGACAAGUACUUACAGUCUUUGAAAAAGUCGGCAGAUUUGGUGUGGAAAAAAGGUUUUCUGCGCAAGGGUCCCGGCAUUUGCCACGGUGUGGCUGGAAAUGGUUAUGUGUUUUUGUUGCUUUACCGUUUGACAAAUGAUCCAAAGUAUUUCUAUCGAGCCAUUAAAUUUAUGGAACUACUGAGCAAUGCCGAAUUUAAGUUAAGGGCCCGCACUCCAGAUCGCCCUCACAGCCUAUAUGAAGGUGUUGCCGGAACGGUGUGUUACUUAAUUGAUCUGCUUGAACCAGAUCAGGCCCAUUUCCCGUUUAUGGAUGUUUUUCAUUGAACCAUUCAUUGAGCCCGGCAUCGCCCCGCCCCCUCCCCCAAACAUUGGUAAAUUGUCGGCAGGAAUACAAUCAAAAUUUUGAUGCAGACCCACAGACAGACAGACCUCAAAAUGCCAAGUAAAGAAAUGUACUUCAUAUACAUACAGCUACAUAUAUAUUUUGUCGUCUUGUUUACAAAAUCCAUAAAAAUAACCUCUCUAUCAUCAUCACAUCACGCAUAUCAGGGAAAUGACUUAAGCACAAUAUAUAUUUUAUAUUGAAGAUGCUAAACAGAUUUCUCAAUUUCUUUGGUGAACACGCAGCAGCAGGCAGGAUAUGAAAGCAAGAUGUGUCCUUUUGCUCGGGAAGCCAUGAAUUAGAGUAGAAUUUGAUUUUUUUUUCACGUCUCCACCUCAAUUGGCAGUGUAUGUGUCUUAAGACUUAUUAUAUAAUCUUAUGUAUGUUUCAAUUAAACAACAACAUAACAAAAAAUAUUUAUCAUUAUAUUCUCCUUAUAUAAUAAGUAGUAUUUAUUGGACAAAACAAAAAGAAAAAAAAAAAACAAUUGGUAGUGAAUUCCCAAAACAAGAAAAAAUCUGAACCCCACUCUCCCAAAAAUGUUCUCAGCAGGGCAACCUAACGGACAUAGCUAAAGAAAUAUGAUAAUGAAACAUAUUUUUCCAAAUAAUUUACAAAUAUUUCUUGGAUCAUCAACAAUAUUGUGCUUUAUACAUACACAUAUUUACAUACUUACAUAUUUAGUGUGUUCUUUUUUUAUUUUUGAUUUGUCUUUGAAAUAAACACAACUACAUAUUAAAAUUUAGCGUAUUGAUAUUAAAAUACAAAUUAUGAUUCUAAAAGAAUUAAAUGCAAUAUUUUUCUCAACAUUUAAAAAAUAAAAUUAAUCCAAAAUCUAUACAGAACAAUUUAA